AUGGGUAUGGGUCCGUAUCGUCGUGGAUAUCAUCACCCGCCUAUGAUGAUGAUGGGUAGCAAUUGGGGAUUCCCUAUGCGAGGCGUGGGAAUGUGGCGUGGGCGUGGGAACAACGCCGAGGAUGACGUCAGCGGUGGCAGCAGUGAGGAAGAGGGCGGCGGCGCUAUUGUGCUGCAAAGCGGGGAAGACCCCUUCUUGGCGAUGCACCGUAAAAUGCACGAGGACAUGAUGAGAUUCCAUCAGAUAGCCGAUAGAUUGUUGAGUUUGGAUAUGGACAGAGAUAGAGACAGUGGCGAAAAUAGUGCGGAAAAUGAGAGAGCCAACAGCAAAGAGGAUAAAAUG